UCGUAAUUUGCAUGUGGAUGAACAUAAUCAAAUUAGAUAACGUCUUGUCGGAUUUCAGGAUCAUCAGUAACACAAAGGGAAAUCAUGUGUUAGAUUGACGUUGUCGUCUGCGGGAUUCAUCACCGACUGUAUUACUGCAUCCAUCACCGUCGCGUUUCGGAAUCAGCUGCAGCACUGAUAUGAUAAAAUCGAUCACAAUAGUAGUUUGAUAAUACGAGGAAAGCUAGCUAGAUCGAAACUAAGGGACAAUGAGUUCGUUCUCGAGUUUAGGGGGCUCGCUGGAUUUCGACAGAGAUGUGCCGCUCAGCGACAGGCUCAAAGUCUUCAAAUCCACGAAUUACGACCCCGAAUCCUAUGUCACCACCCACUGCAGCAACCUGAGCGAAAAGGAAAUUAGGCACCUCUGCAUGCACCUUGUGAGCUUGAAGAAGGCGUCUGCCGAAGAGAUGCGGAAAAGUGUUUACGCCAAUUAUGCAUCAUUUAUAAGAACGUCAAGGGAAAUUUCUGAUCUGGAAGGGGAGCUUGUUUCCUUGAAAAAUCUUCUAUCUUCGCGUGCAAAUAUCAUUCACAGCAUAGCUGAUGGAGUUCGAGUUGAGUCCUUGAACGACAGAACUGAUUAUGGGGAGGAUGCUGUCCAUUUUGAAGAUAGAGAGCCUACAAAAACUGAUAAGUGGUUGUCACAAUAUUUGGAGGACCUUGAAGUCCUGCUGGCUGAGAGACGAGUCGAAGAAGCUUUAGCUGCACUAGACGAAGGUGAAAAUGUAGCAGAGGAGGCUAGGGAGAGUGGGUCAAUGACUCCCUCAGCGUUUUUGUCAUUGGGAAACUCUAUCAUGGAAAACAGGCAGAAAUUAGCAGAUCAAUUAGCAGAGUCAACCUGCCAACCCUCAAUAAACGGCUUUGAACUCCGUUCAUCAGUGCAAGCUAUGAAGCAACUCGGAGAUGGCCCCCGAGCACAUACAGUACUGCUCAAGUGUCAUGAGCAAAAAUUGCACAGAAACAUGCAGUCUCUCAACCCGUCAUCUCAUGGAACAGCAUACAUAACCGCGCUAUCACGUCUAGUUUUCUCAACAAUCGCUCAGGCAGCAAACGAUUCUUUAGCUAUAUUCAGUGAUGAGCCAGCUUUUACAUCCGAGCUUGUAACUUGGGCCGUCAAUCAGACACAUGCUUUUGCUCAGCUUGUCAAGAAAAAUGUUGUAGCCGCCCCAGCAGCAUCAGGAUGCCUAAGGAUAGUUGCUGAAUCUGUUCAUAUAAGCUUGGAGCACUGCUUGUUGCUAGAAGACCGUGGAUUGGCCCUUUGUCCCACGCUCUUGAAAAUCUUCAAGCCUUACCUGGAACAGGCCCUUACUGCCAACUUAAAAAGAAUUGAGCUAUGUACAGCAGCAAUUGCUGCUUCCGAUAAUUGGUCACUCACUUAUCCACCUGUUGCUGGCCGUUCCUGGGGUGGUUCUGCCGGUAGUAGUGUUGGAUUCCAGCAAAAGCUUUCGAGCAGUGCUCAUAGAUUCAAUACAAUGAUUCAGGAGCUUUGCGAGGAUAUUGGCUCUCUUGAAAUCUUGCAGCUAUCUGAGCAAGCUUUGGAAGGCGUGUUGCACUCGUUUAACUCAUUCGUUAACUUGAUGAUAAACGCGUUUCCUAGUUCUGCGGAGACUGAAAACUUGGAGGGAACUGGGAGAAGAAUAGUUAAUUUGGCAGAGACUGAAACUCAACAGUUAUCUUUGCUGGCUAACGCAGUGUUGUUAGCUGAUGAGCUUCUUCCACGUGGAACGAUCAAGUUCUGCUCCAACACCAGAAGUGGUGAUCAGUCCCGGAGGGCUUCAGAGAAGCGUCCUCCUGAGCAAAGAGAACUGAAGCGAAGGCUCCAACGCUUUGUUGACCAACUGAGAGAUAGCUUCUGCCGCCAACAUGCCCUUGAGCUCAUAUUCACCGAUGAUGGAGGUGUCCGUCUAAGUGCUGAUAUCUACUUGAGUAUGGAUGAAAGCACAGCGCAGCCUGAAUGGUUCCCGUCUCCUAUUUAUCAGGAACUAUUUGUAAAAUUGACGCGGUUAGCAAGCAUAGCAUCAGAUGUUUUCGUAGGAAGAGAGAGGUUCGGAACUGUUCUGUUAAUGAGACUCACAGAGACUGUCAUCCUGUGGUUUUCUGAAGAUCAAAACUUCUGGGAGGAGCUGGAAGCUGGACAGAGGAGUCUAGGACCACUUGGGCUUCAACAGUUCUAUUUGGACAUGGAGUUUGUGAUACUGUUUUCAUCUCAAGGGCGUUACUUGUCACGGAAUCUGCAUCAAGUGAUGAAGAACGUUAUCAGUAGAGCUAUUGAAGCAGUUCAGGCAAAUGGAAUUGAUCCAUUCAGCGUGCUGCCGGAGGAUGAAUGGUUCGCUGAUGUUGCUCAAAUAGCGAUAAAAAUGCUUACUGGCCCACCCAGUUUCGAAGGAGAUCGUGACGGGAGCAGUCCAACAGCAAAAUCUGUGUCUUCUGUCCAUUCUCACGGAAGUACAUAGUAUCAUCACAAAGUUGCGAUAAACAUCCCCAUUAGCUAUAGAGAAUCACGAGCAUCAACAUCUAAGUUCUAGAUCCAAGUGGUCUUCUCAGGUUCUUUAGCGUUGUUCUUGAGAAUGAGCCGCUUUGCCCAUUCCUUAAAGAUGUUUUCAUGGGAUCUGGUCCACAAAUAAUUUAUUAGUCUGGUUCUGACAAAUGAGUCUAUCAAGUCCUUUAGCUAUGUUUUUGAGGAAUGAUCCAAUCUGACCCAUUCUUUAUCGAGUAGUCUUUAGAAGAUUCUUAUCCAGCAAAGUUUUUUUUUCUUUAUUCUUGUUUCGAUGAACAAUUAUUGAGUCCUCGGAUUAGCUGCUCUAUUCAGAUGUGGAAAACCAGAUCAUGUUCAGUUCUCAUUACCUUGAGAAUGUAAGAACAAAGUUUUCAUGGUA